GUUUUUCAUUCCUAUUCGCUCUCGUCUUCAACCUUCCUUCUCUUCAGCUUGUUUCGAUGAAUUCUAAUUAAUUCUUCGCUUCUUCUAUUCAUUCUUCCUGUUUCGGAGAUUAUGGAAAUUGUUUCUUCUCCAAAUCCUUCUCCAAUCAUACAUGUCUUGAUGAACGUAGAUGGCCAGUGGUUGUCCGACAUUCAAUUUCAGAGCGCAACCUCCAUCGCCAUUGAAAUUCCUUUCUGUUGCAAGUGGAUUGAAUUUUGUGGAAUUGUAUACAAUUCGUUGGGCCUAAGAGAUCCUGUUCGUGCUAUACGUAUUUCAUAUGUGUUUCAAGCAUGUCCUCCACCGCUUAUCAUCAAUGACGAUUCCAGCUUCAGUUUUUAUCUUCAGAUGAAAAGCAUUCAAUCGGACUUAAACCAACUUCCUCUUUGUGUAGAGUUUGUUCCACCGUUUCAAGGAUGUACUGAAAGUGUGUCAAACACGAUUAAUUACUCUUUUUCGGAUGAUGAAGUUUUGGAUGGUUUUGAGGAUUCUGAAAUAUUAGCAGCAACAGACCAACAAACAAUGCACUGUAGUGAUGUUUUGGAGGAUUCUGAUUUCAGCCCUUUGUCUUUUGAUGAAGAUGUUAUGAAUGAUGACUUCAUAUCUUCGGUUGAGGUUCCUCUGUGUUCUGUUGUUCCCCACUUUGACCCCACCCGUCUUGCUCUGGACGCAAUAUAUGAAAGCAAGAAGGAUUUUAGUUUUAACUUGAAGAUGUAUGCAAUAACUAAUUUUUUCCAAUACCGAACAAAGUCAUCUUCUCCUAAGGUGUUACAUGUUAUUUGUGUGGAUCCUGCUUGUCUGUGGGCUGUUCGUGGAGUUCUCUUGGAUGAAAGUGGCUUGUUUCAAGUGCGUAGAUUUGAUAAUGACCAUACUUGUCCCAUUGAUAUUAGACAAGCUAAUAGUCGCCAAGCUUCUUCCUCUCUUAUUGCUGAACUGAUCAAGCAUGAAUUUGAUGACUUGUCCAAAAGAGCUUACACACCUCAUUCAAUCAUGAGAGAUAUGAAAAGAUUGCAUGGAAUUGUCAUGUCAUAUAAAAAGGCUUGGGUUGCAAGGGAAAUUGCAUUGAAAUUGGCUCGGGGAUCUGAGAAGGAGUCGUACAAUAGACUUCCUUCUUUGUGCUACAUGCUUGAUAAAGCAAAUCCUGAUUCGAUUGUUUCAUAUUCUUGUACUGAAACUGGAGAAUUUCAGAACUUUUUUAUGUCUCUUGGUCCAUGGAGACGUGGAUGGGAGAAGUGCAUUCCAGUUAUUAUUGUUGAUGGAUCGUUUUUGAAAUCGUAUUACAAGGGAACACUACUCACGGCCUGCACACAAGAUGCUAACAAGCAGAUUUUUCCACUUGCAUUUGCUAUUUGCAGUGUUGAAAAUACUGAUAACUGGACUUGGUUUUUCAACAUGUUGAAGAAUUGUCUCAACCAUAGAAAUGGUUUGUAUAUCGUGUCUGAUCGGCAUGAAGGAAUUAUAAAUGCCGUUCAUUCUGUCUUUCCAUAUGCGGAACAUGGAUAUUGUGUUUAUCACAUAUUAGGCAAUAUAAAAUCCAAGUUUAAAGGUUCUGCAAAGGUGUUGUCUUGGAAAUUCUUACAAGCAGCGAGAGCGGGUUCUGUUUAUGAAUGUGAAGAGUAUCUUUCCAGGCUUGAUUAUGAUGACCCGCGUAUACGUACGUACUUGCAAAAGAUUGGUAAUGAGAAGUGGUCUCGUGCAUAUGCUAGCCGCAACCGUUAUUCUGUGAUGAUGUCUAACAAUGCGGAGUCUUUGAAUGCUGUUUUUGUCACGGCUCGUGAGUAUCCCAUCUGCAAGUUGAUUGAGUUUAUAGUACGCACAAUGCAAACAUGGUUCUGUGAACGCAGAGAAGAAGCUGCAUCAAACAGAUCUCGACUCUCUGCUUACUUUGAGGCGCAAUUACGGCUAUCGCAAUCAAAUGCUGCAUUAAUGCAGGUCAAGCCAUCAUGUAUCUUUGAAUUUGAGGUCUUUGAUGUGAAAGGAAGAUCAUAUGUUGUCAAUUUAAGAGAAGGGACUUGUACAUGCCGUGAAUUUGAACUUGAUGGCUUCAUAUGUGUUCAUGCCAUCGCUGCAAUCCGUUCUCGUCCGGGACUUUCUGCUUAUGACUACAUUCCUGAAUAUUAUACUACACAGAAAUGGUUUUCAGCUUACGAGGGCAUCAUUCAUCCCAUCGGUAGUCCCGAUUGUUGGUUUGUUCCCCAUGACGUAUCACAAAUCAUUUGCAGCCCUCCAUCUUGUUCUAAGAGACCUCCUGGAAGACCCAAGAAGCGACGUAUUCCAUCUACCGGUGAACAUGUGCGUCGACAAAAGUGUACACGUUGCUCAAUGGUUGGUCACAAUAGGAAGACAUGCCGAAACCCCAUUCCUCGCACUCGCUCCUAAUGUUGAAUAUUUUUUACUUGUUUAGUUUUACUCUUGAGUUACGCUUUAUAUUUUUCCCACUUCUAGUCAAUUGUAUUCAGGUUAGAAUGGAUACAUAUGUUCUGCUACUAAUUUCACUCUUUGAAUAAAGUUUGUAGUUACGGAUUGCAGUAA